AUGGCUUCGCUAAACAUGCAGAAUCUUCCAAACGAGCUCGUCGCUCACAUCCUCAGCUUCCUUGACUCCGAAUCUCAUUUACAAAGACGCAUUUACCUUGACCCUGCAAAGCUCACCAGGCCGGUAUCAUCCGCUCCAAAUACACCCCUCAAGAACGCUUCGCUGGUAUGUCGUCUCUGGAGAAUUUCUGUCAUGAAAUUACUCUUUCGUUAUGUUGUUUGGCCGUUAUGGCGAUUCUACAAGCCAGUCGUACAAGAUAUCGCAUCACAAAUUGAGCUCCUGGAUUUCAUCCGAAGAAACAACCUUUCAUCCUCCGUUGAUCACUUCACUAUCCUGAUCGAUCUUCCUCUCGGAUCAGGCCAGAAUCGUUAUCCAGAUGGCCAAUUCUGGGGUAUUCUGCCCCCUGUAUCUCAACAGCCGGAGACGCCUAUGUCCUGGAAUUUGUUAUGGUCUGUUCUGAAUCAAGAAGACCGAGACGCCGAGGGUAGUGACACAAGGACCGAGGAAGACAGAGCGCAGUGUUUUUGGGAUAACAACUGGCUUUGGCAUACUAUCUUUGAUGUCAUUGAUCCCUUGAGAAUCACCAUGAUCAGCUCAAUAGACAUCCUCGCUUCGCUCUUGAGCCGGACCGUCGACUUGUCGAGUCACUGGGCUUUCAACAGCACCUACUAUGUUCUAUCAUUAUCACGACCAUCGCGAAGUAUUGCCGAGUCUAAAAGAGUACAGGUCCUGCCUUCGCAUAUUCCGGGAUCAAUGAAUCGCAUCCCCUGUGACUUGUUCCAUAUCAGAGACUGGAGUUCAGUCCUCAUCAAUGAAGGAUCCUUCGCCCCAGUCUAUUCAACCUACGAAUUCUUUCACUACUCAGCAGCUACUCUUCUUCCUGCAAUAUUUGACUCUUCGGAUCCUUCUUUCGAUGCUCUAUGUGCAAACCUUCAUUCAUUGUCCUACAUCGCCACAUUCCCCCUUUCUCACCAUAUUUCUGACCAUCUCAUCCCCAAUUGUCCACCCGUGGAGCAUCUCUAUGUACAGCUGAUGCCCAAGAAUCGUGAUUUCUGGGAGAGCAGUAGUCUUUCACGGGUGAAUCUUUCCGACUUGUGGCUCGAGUGCGACACGUCUUACGCAUUGCUUGUGCGUCAGUUGCUACAAACUGUUCCUCAGCCGGGUUGGCAGAAGCUGAAGGUGUUCGAGACAGGUGACACACCCGCAGAAGGAGUAUGGAAGAUGAAUACUUAUGAUGGCCAUAUCAAUGGAUCAAAUGGAUGGAGAGAAGAUAGCGAGGGUGUUUUUGUCAAGGAUGAUAUUCAAAGUAGUAACGAACAAACUAUGGCAGAAGAGUCAUAA